UAUUGCUGCAGUGGAGGCUGCCUCCUGCAUGAGGCUUCGCUAAGGAGUUUCAGUCACAGAGGAAGACGUCCACCGGGAGAACACUGUGUCUGAUUGGCUGAUGACCCUGUGAAGGCCACCAAUCAGACAACAUCCUUGCUGAGUGACUCCGUGUUUCCCUCUCCAUCUCUGAACACACUGUGUCAACCUGCGCAUAUUUUUAUGUUUGCAGCGCUGCAUGCAUGCGAGUGUGUCUGUGUGCAGGAUGCCGAAAUCUGGAGGCGUGAAAGUAGGGGAGGGGCAAGGAUGAGGAUGCUGAAGGAACAGGUCUGAAAAAAAAAGGAGAAGGGUGAUAUAUAGAAGAGGAAAAAAACCCGAGGACAGCGGAGAGAGGACAGAUGCUCAGGAGACAGUGAUAGAGAAAGGCACAGCGAGGAGAGAGAAACGGUGUGCGAGGAGGAGGUGGAGGGGGAGGAAGAGACGCUGAAGCUGAAGGAAGCAGCAGUGUCGUUGCUUUUCACAGGAACCGAGGCAUCUGCCCUCCUCUGUUGCCGUGACGAUGGGCUGCUGGCUCUCUGGACCAUGGAUGGGCGACCAAACGAUGAGUGGGCGGAGUCUAGCACACCUGAGCCAGCGGGACGCUCUGAGGAUCCUGGCAGCCAGUCAGCGUCCAAUCACCAUGCAGAUCAAGAGCCAGAGGGGGCGUGGCAGUGAGGCCGACAGGGGAUCCUGGGAACCCCUUCCACUAAACCUGCAGCAUCUUAACCUGCCCCUCCCACUCAUGGGGGCAGGGCUUAAUGGAUCUAGCCCCUCCUAUCAAGACAGGCAUUAUUACAACCAUCUGUCUCUGCCACAAGAUCACUGUGAUGGAGGACGCUACAGCUACUUGUCUAGCUCCCCACGGGACACUGUGGACAUCGGCCACCAGGAUCUAGAAAUGACUGGUCGUCGGCCAAAGGGACAGAACUGCCUGAUGAGAUGCUGCAACGCCAACUUAGAUGAACACAACGCCUGCCACAGUCAGACUGAUGAUGAGGACUUUAUGAUGGAGAAGCCGCUGGGCUUCCUGCCCCUUCACCAUGAGCUGGACAGUGGUCUGGGAUGGACCGACGGCUCCCUCCACCAGGGUGACCUUUCAGGGCUGGAGACGGAGGAGGGAGGCUUGGAGGACUGUCAUUCACAUGGAGCCCUGGCCCCGGGAGGAUGUGGGGGCUUCGGAGGUGGCGGUUCGCCGUCCUCAGAGUCCUUCAUCUCCUCAGAGCUCAGCGACUCAGGCUUCUACAGCGUGAGCACCGGAGAAUUCAGGCACUUCCAGAGGCUGCUGGAGAAGCGAAUGCGUCUGUACAACGCCAGGCUGCAGCACCAGGGUGAACCGUGUGAAAGGCGCGAGCGGCGUGACAGCUGCCCCAAGAGCCACCGGGAGCUGCUGGAGGCCAUACCUGAGGCGCUGACAAUGCAGCCCCAGUGUCAGCACCUGCAGCUCGGGAUGGAGGACGACACCGGGCCUGCCAUGGACAUCCCACCCCGUGGACUUUUCAGGGUUUCUUCAGUCCAGUUCCAUAAAGCCGACCGGCCCUGUCUGAACCGCCACAGCUCCAGCAGCGGAGCCCUCUUCAACCCCUCCCACACUCAUGCUGCAGUCUCACGAAUGACUGGGCCAGUGCUUUCCACCUGCAGCACUCCCUCCAGCCACAGGAGACCACUAGUAACAAUGCAGCAGCAGCAGCAGCAGCAGCAGCAGCACCUCCAGGGCUCAAGUUCAGUGGGCAUGCUGAGGAGAAGCCGAACGUUGCACCACCGCCCUCCCCCGCAGGAGUACCGGCGCCGGGCCAGCCACCCGGCUUCCCCCUCCUACUGUGCAGCAACCCUGCACCACUGUGGAGGUGUUGUUCCCUGUAAAGUCCUGCCACCAGGCCUACCAGAGGAAAGUGAGCUAGUAGAAGGCGUGAUGGCUUCCCAUCCAGCAGGCAUGACCCUCUCGCCACAACAACCCCCUGCCGCUCUGGGCCAUGUCAGGGGUACCAACAGCCAUGAGCGGCGCAUUGACCACUCUAACGGGCAGAUCACUCACCAUGACUGGUGGCACUCGCAAGAAAGAAGCUUAAUGCCUGAGCCAAUGAUGACGGAAAGGGACAGAGAGAUGGAGAGAGAACUGGAACAAAAAAGGCAAAUGCAAAAAGAGAAGGAGAUAGAGAAACAGAUACAGAUACAAGAGGAGAUGGAGAGAGAGAGGCAGCAGGAGCUUGAGAGGAGCCGAGCAAGAGAGCAGCAGCACCUCCAGAGUUUGGUCCAAUCUCCUCAUGGCGGAGACGUCAACGACACCUGGCCAAAGCCUGCCACCCGUCAGUCCCAUGGAAGUGGGGGAGGCCGAGGACUCUACAGCACCCUGGAAGGUCACAUGGGGGCUGGGGCAGCUGUUGGGCGGGACGCAAAUAAAGGACAAAUGAUUGCGAGUUUAAGCUCCAAUCCCAGUUCAAAAUUUAACCCAAGCCCUAAACCCAACGCAACCUCACGGAUGUCCAGGAACCAGCUGCUUAGAGACCGAGCGUCUCAGUUAGCGGACGAACGCAGUGGGAUGAGUACUGACGAGGAGACCAGCACUGACAUGCUGAUGGGUCGAUACUGGAGUCGAACGGAGAGGAGGGAACACUUCCUGUUGGCCCGUGAGCAGAGGAUGCAGCAACUACAGGCCAGGGCAGGGACGGUACGAGAUGCCAUCAGCAGGGGAGGACACAUGGGGGGAGGAGGAGGCUCUGUUGGGGAUGGAGGUGUACUGGACAGCAGAGGAGUUGGGGCUUUUGCAGAGGGGCGGUGCAACACGGUCCUGGAGCUUAGUCAGAGGAAGCUGAGUCGCCUGAGGAACAGAAAGCUGUUGGAUGACUGGACGACAGUAGAGGAGCUACUGACUCAUGGGACCAGGCUGGACAAUCAGGAGGACAUGCUGUGUUCCAGCUCCCUGCUGACUGUCACCACUGUCUAACUGCAUGGACACCAUGUCUAACUAUAACUCUGUGAGUGAGUGCGUGUGACAUUAAGCUAACAAUACAAUACUUUCAAAUAUAUCUUCUUAUUCUGUCUUUUCCAGAGUUACGCGACAAUUAUCUUACAAAGACAAAUCUAUGCGUCCUCUACAGAGAAAGGUCUGGGUUUUGACUUAGCUUUGCACGUAGAUUGGAAGUCGGUGGCCAUUUCUAACCUAGCUUCAAAUAAAGAGAAAAAAAAGUCCAACAACUCAGAACUGUUAAAUUUAAAUGAAUACUUUAGUCCAUUAAUUCUGCAACCAAGGCUCUUUGAAAGAAACUAAACAUACAAAGUUUGUGCGUACUUAAUUAAAUGGCACAACAUAAAAAUUCAACAGCUUUGGUUUUCUACCAAGACAGAUUUUUUUCUCUUUUAAAAAGCUGAUAGGUCAGUGGUUCCCUUUACUUCCAGUCCUUGUGAAAAACCAGACUAUAGGCUCUGUUCUUCAUAAAGUUUUUAUUAAUCAGAAUUAACGUUAUGUCAUCCUAAUUAAAUAACCCUAUUAAUUCCAGCCAACUUGUGUGCGUCACAGUUGGAGCUUAUUUGUUAAUUCUGUUUAAUUUAUCAUAAAUAAAUUAUUCUUUCUGCAUUAGCAAAACACAAACAUUAUUAAGCUCACUUAAGUCCAAGUUACAUCGGCAUAACGAUGAGGGUUAUGAAGCCCGUGAAGAACAGGUCUCAUGUUUUCUCUGUACAUGAAGCACGAAGACCCAACUGUUAUCCUUCUGGGGAAGACACAGAGUAAGAGGAUGCACAGAAAUGUUGGAUUGUUCCUUUACGAAUGCGUGCGAGAGACAGAACCUCACUGUCAUUACUGUACAUCACCUCAACUGAUAGCUUUAUGUGUGGUUGUGUGAUCACUGUACAGCACUCUGGACAAAAAAAAAGUGUGUGUCAGUGCAUGACGCUUGUGACGACAACAAGGUCAGUGAGCGCGUUUGUUUCGCAUCCCGUGUUCACCGCGUUACAUCCGAUGCUACAUUUAUUUCACGGAAUCUUAGACAGAAUUACAAAAGAAAAAGAAAAAAAAAAUUGGGCCUGGACUCAAAUCUUCAAACAGAGCAUGAGAUGUCGGGGAGCAAUACCGUCCUGUGUGAUGUACCUGGCUGUGCACUAAUGCUCGUACAAUUGCGUUUACAUCACAGAACACAUCGACUGUAGCAAUGCAGACAACGGCAACUGAGAUUUGAUGCCAAAUCCUGAGUGUGUUUUUUUUUGUUUUAAUAGAAACUGUUUACAAUUAAAAUACCUAUUGGUUGGAGCUUUUCUAACUAAAAGGCUGAAAGAUGCUAGUGCAACACUUCUAAAACUGUGUUGAUCAGUGAUGGUGAACUACUGGCUACGGAGGUUUGAAAAGGUGUUGGACUGCAGCAUUUGAUCUGUAAAAAUUAGCUGCUGCAGUGUUUGCGGUGGAUUUUAUGCUGAAUUCAUAUCUUAUUGUUCAAUUAACAGGACUGGAAAACAUGUUCCAACAACAGGGGGAGGCAGAACAGUUGCAAAGCCUUUACAACCGACAGUUACAUCUGAAGAAAAUUAAGACAGAAAAUUAAAUCAGACAGUAGAAAAAAAUAGCUAAGGAUAAUCAAUAGUCUCCUAUAUGUGUGUUACCAACUAUUCAGCUAAACCUCUUGCGUUAAUGUCGUAGUGUUGAGCUAGCAAGGGGCUUUCCACUUUCUAUCUGUUCUCAUAACAUGACAUGAAUGCAGCAUAAGAGCCCUUCGUGCCUCCUAGCUCGCCGCCGUUCCUGCCGGUGUCUCUACCAAUGGCGGGAUGUUUACAGAUCUAUGUACACAGGAAACAGUUUAUGCAUGUUUACUCAAAACUACAGAGACGUGUUGACAGUGGUGAGACAGUUUCCAAGAGAAGAAGACGCACCUUAAGUCAACUUACAGUCCGGUGGUGCAGACGCCUGCAGCGUCCGUUACGGUCAGGACAGACAGAGCUCCAGUCAGCGUUUGACAUUCCACUAAAAACCUGGACGUUGUGAGUACAUCUGAAAUCUACCGAUUCCAGGUCCACAGUUCAGGAAAAUGUGCAAUAAUACCUCAAGCUAGUUUUAAUAUGACAAUGACGGUGUUGUGCGCGCGCUACCUGCCAGGUGUCCAUCGAAUGCAGUAACUUGUUUUAAAUCAAACAGAUGCACAACGUGACAAGUCACCACAAGUGCACAGUAAUCCUGGAAUCCACAACGGCAAACAGCGAAGGUUAUGUAGAUAUUUACAUUAUUUCUUUACCUUGUUUUCCAUGAGAGGGACCUAAGAGACCAACUUUUUGCACAUCGUUUUUAUACGCAAAGUUUUCCCUAUCUUUCUGUACCAGGGACCGAGGCCAGUGGAACGACUGUAGAUAGAACGACAGUGUGUGUUGAUGUUUUCUUUAUAAAUUAUCAUAGUGAUUUAUGGAGGAAAAAAAAUGUUUAUUGUGACUGUGUUGGACAUAUUUCAAUAUUUUUCUUGUGCUGGUUUCAAAACCAACGUGAACACUUUUUAUGAUCUAUAAAAUAUUUCAAAGCUACUUAAUUUACUUAAAAGCUGGUGAAGCUCUGAUUUACCAUUUUCAAAGAGUGAACACAAAAUGUGAAUAUUAUUGUCUCUUUAAAUGGCUAAAUUGAAUUUUACUGUUGUUUUGUGUCAUUUACGACAUGUAUAUAUUGAUUUUUGUCAGACGGAGCGGUUGUGGAUGGAGCUAGUUUCGGGACAUGAUGACACCAUCAGACGCCUCCAGUGGUUUAUCAUGUGAUUCUGUAGGUUUAUAGCUGUGUUAUGGAGGCUGUACAUACAGCACAGAAAUGAACAUUGUAGUAUUAGUAGAUUUAAAACUCACAAUAUUGUCAACAAUCAUGGAUAGUGGUUCAGUUUGAAUGUUAAAUGUGACAUCCAUGAAUUAUGAGUAGGAUCACUGACACUAAUGCUUUAAAAGGGACACCACAGCAUUUUAGUUAUCCUGGAUGUUCUUUGUCUCCUCGGGCCAGACGUUUUAGAUGGAUAUUAGUUUUAUCUGUCCUUGCGUCCGUUGUAGAGAGAAGUGCAGGUCAUGUUUAAACUAACUUAGCAGUAAGUUAGAAGCAAAAGAAAAAAAAUACCUUUCAGCAUCUCGAAAGCUGCAGGAAAUAGAAACAAAAAAGGACGUAAAUAGUGAAGGGAUGCAUAGAGUCAAAUUUAGUAUAAACCCGUCUGCUAUGUGGGAUAAUGUAAAGGGAUGAGCAAAUGUGUAAGUGAUAUGAAUGAAAUAACCUGCAACGCUGUUUAAAGAACUACCAAACCCAGACAAAUGAACAAAAUCAGACGGGAAACAAAAUAAUUACAAUGGAAAACAGAUUUCAAAAAGCUAUGUGGUCUGAUUUGUGGAAUCCAGCCCAUAGGCUCCCAGAGGCCCUAAAAGUUCAUAUUAUAUGUGUGUCCUAACAUUCAUUGAUUGCAAAUCUGACAUAACUUUAAUACACUUUGCUUCAAAGCCAAAAUAGUUUUACUUUCUAUCAUGCUUGUUUGUUUUUAUCAAAUUGCUUCUAUUUUUUUUAAUGUUUGUCAAGUAAAUAGCACAAAAAAACUCAGACAAGGUAGUAUUAUUCUAAUUCAUUCAUUCAUUCAGCUUGCUUUUUUUAUCUGACCAAAACUGAAAAACCAAAAGGUGUUAAGAUUACUAUUGUAAGAAAAAAAAAACUGCUACAGUGUUCCCGCUAAAAUCAGUGGUUAAUAGCAGGUUUUCUUUUCUCAUUCACACUCGGCUUCGUUUUCAUGUGAAUUUCUCUUGCCAUGUUCCCACAACUCUAAUUGGCUUGGUCGUUCUUUCCAAGAAAAUAUCCAAUACUACGUGUAACACCGGACAACUGAAUCACUGGACAAAUCAGAGAUGUGAUGGAGAGGUAGAACCAGGCUAGUUCAGGCAAAGGGUAGAGACUAGAGUUUAAAAUGAAACAGCUGCUGAGUUAGUUUCUCUUUGACCGAACCAGGCUAGCAGUUCCCUAGUGCUUCCAUCAUCCUGGAUAUCUCUCUCUCUCUAUAUAAGGACCGCAAAUAACUAACAUCCAUCCUUUCAUCUGACUCCAAAGAAUUCAAAGAACAAAAAGGUUCAGAGAAGUGUCACGCUGUUCAUUUAGACCACAUUUAGCACUCAGAGUCAGAGAGGAAAGACGUGGGAUCGAACCUCCACCAUGUUUAUUUCCACGAUUUCCCUUUUCUCUGUGUAGGCUGUGACUCAAACAGCCUGAAUAAUGGAUGACGAAGAGAGAAAUAUUUGCCCCCACCCCUCCUCUCCCUCUCCCUUUUUCACCCUCUUUGCUUACGUUACAGAAGGACACGGAGGGCUGAAAAUAGCGCUGCUGUCCUCAUGUGAUGUGAAAUUAAAAGCACACUGGAGCGGAGAUACUUGCUGCUGGGGAACUUGACACUCGUUUUACUCCAUCUGACAAUCCCUCCAUCCAGCCUGCAACACCACCUCCAUCUGUCUGUGCCAGGGUGCUUUUCACUACAGCAAGACUUUUGGAAUAUGAUGAUGUACAUGUGAUUGUAAUAAAGAGAUUUUAAUUAGCUAUGA